AUGUUGAAUAAUAGUCACCUAAGAUUAAGUACAUACCAACGAUUUAUUUAUUUUCUGCAUCGCUAUAAAUCAUCUGAUUCCAUUAAAAGAUAUGAUGAUUAUAAUUAUUUUAAACGAAGUAUUUUACCAACAGAUCACUUUCAAUAUAGUUUACCAAAUUUACCAAUACCAAAAUUAGACUUAACAUGUGAACGUUAUUUAUCUUCUCUGAAACCUAUACUUAAUAAUGAUGAAAAAUCGUUUGAACAAACACGUCGACUAGUUAAGGAUUUUCGUCAUGGCGAUGGUAGAAGACUUCAUAUUCAAUUACGACAAAAAAAUCAAGCAAAUCAACAUACAUCAUAUAUAUCAACACCAUGGUUCGAAAUGUAUUUAAAAUCACGUUUACAAUUGAUCUUAAAUUUUAAUUUUUUUCUUAUUUUCCCUGACGAUCAGAAGGAAUUAAAGCCAGCAGCACGUAUAACAAACUAUAUCAUAUCGUCUGUACGUUUUAUGAAUUCACUUCGAGCCAAUUGGCUUGAUCCAGAAGUAUAUCACUUACAUCCAACAAAAACAAAUACUGAACAAUUUCGUAAAUAUCUUCGAUUUUUACCAAAGCGUGUUUCAUCCUAUGGUGCGUUUGUACAGAAUGCAUAUCCAUUAGAUAUGUCACAGUAUGAUCGUUUAUUUAAUUCAACACGUAUACCGAAGCAUGAAUGUGAUUUACUUGUAACAAGUCAUAAUAAUAUUCGACAUAUUAUUGUUAUUAAAAAUGGUCAUUACUAUAAAGUGAAUAUUCUAGAAAAAAAUGGAGAUCUUUUAUCAGCUGAAAAGAUUGCAUCGAUUAUGAAAUAUUUAUGUGAACAUUUAAAUGAAGAAGAAAAUCCAUAUCCAUUAGGAUAUUUUACAGCUGAUAAACGAGAUAGAUGGGCAACAAUACGUGAGCAAAUUGAAGCACUUUCACAGCAUAAUAAACAAAUGUUCAAAGAAAUUGACAGUUCAAUUAUGCUUAUAUGUUUAGAUAAUGAUGAUCCAUCGAAAUUAAAUAAAUCACUUAGUAAAAAUCAACGUGCAGAAUACAUAUCUAGCAAAUAUUUAUGUGAUAAUGCAUUAAAUCGUUGGUACGAUAAAUCAUUUAAUAUGAUUAUGUUAUCCGAUGGAACGUUAGGUUUAAAUUGUGAACAUUCGUGGGGUGAUGGUGUUGCUUUACUUCGUUUUUGUAAUGAUAUUGACAAAGACGCUACAGAACAUGGAAAAGUCAGUGCUUCUCAUUAUCAAUCCAUCAAAAUGUCUGCACAUGAUUAUAUUGAAAAACUUGAAUUUAAAUUAGAUGAUCAAUUAAAGAAUGAACAUAACAUAUCAAAACAGAAUUAUAAUAAAUUUAUAGCCAAACUUAACGUUAAAGUAUAUCAAGAAACAGUCCUUAGUAAAAAUCUAUUGAAAAGCUCGGAAUUGAGUCCUGAUAGUAUAAUGCAAUUAGGCAUACAAAUGGCUUAUUAUAAAAUGCAUCAUCGAUUUGUAUCAGCAUAUGAAUCAUGUUCGACAGCUAUAUAUAAACAUGGUCGAACAGAAACAAUUCGGCCUGUAACAAAUGAAACAAAGAAUUUUAUUGAAACAUUAACGAAAUCAAAUGAUGAAAAAUUAAAAAAACAAUUAUUAAAAAAUGCUUCCGACAAGCAUCAACGAUUAAUUAAAGCAGCAGCAGCUGGGCAUGGUUUUGAUCGACAUUUAUUUGCAUUAAAAUAUUUGCAACAAGUGGAAAAUAAAGAAAAUCAUUUACAUCCUCUUUUUACAGAUCAAUCAUAUCAAUUAAUGAAUCAUACUAUUCUUUCGACAUCAACGGUGGCUUCAAAACAUAUUCUUGUUGGUGGUUUUGGUCCUGUUGUUGAUGAUGGACUUGGUAUUGGAUAUUUAAUUGAUGAUGAUCACUGUGGAUUACUAGUCACCUCCUACAUGGAGAAUGAAUCAAACAAUUUUAUAGAAGCAGCCAAUGAAAGCUACAAAGAAUUAGCAAAUAUCAUAAAAUCAUAA